CGGCGGCCUCAUUCCGGGGCGGGCGGGCGCCGAGCGCGGCGCGGGCGGGCCGGCUGACGGAGGAGCGAGCGGGCCGGCCGGGGAUGCCGCUCGGGGCUCAGCGGUCCUCGUGUCAGUGAGCGCCGCGCACCGCCGCAGCCAUGACGGUGGAGUUCGAGGAGUGCAUCAAGGACUCGCCGCGCUUCAGGGCUACUAUUGACGAGGUGGAAACAGACGUGGUGGAGAUCGAGGCAAAACUAGACAAGCUGGUCAAGCUGUGCAGUGGCAUGAUCGAGGCUGGCAAGGCCUAUGUCACGACCAACAGGCUCUUCGUGAGUGGUGUUCGAGACCUGUCCCAGCAGUGCCGGGGCGACACCGUCAUCUCGGAAUGUCUGCAGAGGUUUGGAGACAGCCUGCAGGAGAUGGUCAACUACCACAUGAUCCUGUUUGACCAGGCCCAGAGGUCUGUGCGGCAGCAACUGCACAACUUCGUCAAAGAGGACGUGCGGAAAUUCAAGGAGACCAAGAAACAGUUUGACAAAGUUCGGGAGGACAUGGAGCUGUCCCUCGUGAGGAAUGCCCAGGCCCCACGGCACCGGCCCCACGAGGUGGAGGAGGCCACAGGUGCCUUGACCCUCACCCGGAAGUGUUUCCGUCACCUGGCACUAGACUAUGUGCUCCAGAUCAACGUACUCCAGGCCAAGAAGAAGUUUGAGAUCUUGGAUUCUAUGCUGUCCUUCAUGCACGCCCAGCACAGCUUCUUCCAGCAGGGCUAUAGCCUGCUGCACCAGCUGGACCCCUACAUGAAGAAGCUGGCAGCCGAGCUAGACCAGCUAGUGAUCGACUCGGCGGUGGAAAAGCGUGAGAUGGAGCGAAAGCAUGCCGCCAUCCAGCAGCGGACGCUGCUGCAGGACUUCUCCUACGAUGAGCCCAAAGUGGAGUUUGAUGUGGACGCGCCCAGCGGUGUGGUGAUGGAGGGCUACCUCUUCAAGAGGGCCAGUAAUGCCUUCAAGACGUGGAACCGGCGCUGGUUCUCCAUCCAGAACAGCCAGCUGGUCUACCAGAAGAAACUCAAGGACGUGCUCACCGUGGUGGUGGAUGACCUCCGUCUGUGCUCCGUGAAGCCAUGUGAGGACAUCGAACGGAGGUUCUGUUUUGAGGUCGUGUCACCCACCAAGAGCUGCAUGCUGCAGGCCGACUCAGAGAAGCUGCGGCAGGCCUGGGUUCAAGCUGUGCAGGCCAGCAUCGCCUCUGCCUACCGGGAGAGCCCGGACAGCUGCUACAGUGAGAGGCUGGACCGCACGGCGUCUCCGUCCACGAGCAGCAUCGACUCUGCUACGGACUCGCGGGAGCGCAGCGUCAAGGGCGAGAGCGUGCUGCAGCGUGUGCAGAACGUGGCUGGCAAUAGCCAGUGUGGGGACUGUGGCCAGCCGGAUCCCCGCUGGGCCAGCAUCAACCUGGGGGUGCUGCUCUGCAUCGAGUGCUCCGGCAUCCACAGGAGCCUGGGUGUCCACUGCUCCAAGGUGCGGUCCCUGACCCUGGACUCAUGGGAGCCAGAGCUGCUGAAGCUGAUGUGUGAGCUUGGCAACAGCACCGUGAACCAGAUCUACGAGGCUCAGUGUGAGGGGCCAGGUGGCAGGAAGCCCACAGCCAGCAGCCCUAGGCAGGACAAGGAGGCCUGGAUCAAGGACAAGUAUGUGGAAAAGAAGUUCCUGCGGAAGCCACCGCCGGCACCAGCCCGGGACGUGCCCCGGCCCUGGAGGGCGCAAAAGUGCCAGCGCCACCACAGCUCCCCCCGGGUCCCCGCUGCCCGCCGCAAGGUCCGGCUGGAGCCCAUCCUGCCCUCUGUGGCUGCUCUGUCCUCAGCAGGUGCUGUGGAGCGCAAGUUCCGGAGGGACUCUCUCUUCUGCCCGGAUGAGCUGGACUCCCUCUUCUCCUACUUCGAUGCUGGGGCUGCUGCAGCCGGUCCACGGAGUCUGAGCAGCGAUAGUGGCUUAGGAGGCAGCUCUGAUGGCAGCUCUGACGUUCUAGCCUUUGGCGCAGGCUCUGUUGUGGACAGCGUCACUGAGGAGGAGGGUGCAGAGUCGGAGGAGUCCAGCGGGGAGGCGGAUGGAGAAGCAGAGGCCUGGGGCCUGGCGGACGUGCGCGAGCUGCACCCUGGUCUACUGGCGCACCGGGCGGCGCGAACCCGAGACCUCCGAGCGCUGGCCAUGGCGCUGGCGCACGGGGCAGAGGUCAACUGGGCCGACGCGGAGGACGAGGGCAAGACGCCUUUGGUGCAGGCUGUGCUGGGGGGCUCCUUGAUUGUCUGUGAAUUCCUUCUGCAAAACGGAGCAGACGUGAACCAAAGAGACAGCCGGGGCAGAGCGCCGCUGCACCACGCCACACUCCUGGGACGCACGGGUCAGGUCUGCCUGUUCUUGAAGCGGGGGGCCGACCAGCACGCCUUGGACCACAAGCAGCAGGACCCACUGAGCAUCGCGAUCCAGGAGGCAAACGCGGACAUCGUCACUUUGCUCCGGCUGGCCCGCAUGGCUGAGGAGAUGCGAGAGGCGGAGGCGCCCCCGGGCCAGCCGGGCCCCCUGGCGGGCAGCAGCCCCACGGAGCUCCAGUACCGCAGGUGCAUCCAGGAGUUCAUCAGCCUCCACCUGGAGGAGAGCUAGGGCGGCCAGGCCCCUGCCCUGCCCGGGACGCCCCGGCCAUUCCCUGGAGCCCCAGCUGCCUGCUCUGCCCUCCCGGGAGCUGCCCGACCCCCAGGGCCGUGAGAGGGACCCCAGCACGGGGUCUUCUGAAGCCCCACGUUUCCCCCUGGGAGGUGCUGCAUCAUCUGAUGCCCCUCGCCGCACCCGGGGACCCUCCGUCUUCAGGUGGCCCCUUCCUCGGGAGCCCGGGUCGCUCACGUCACAAACCACUCUCAAGGCCCCGUGUCACCUUGUGCCCCUCAGAACCACCCUCCCUCCCCCGCUCUGGGGCCGGUGUCACCUCGUGCCCCCACCUUUACUGCCAUGGAACACUGACCUGCUAGUUGGGUCCCUCCUACACACCCCCAGAGCCCCUCUGCUAGGCCUUGGGGCUGGUGGCUGGCCACCAGCGCCUUUCAAGGGCAGAAGGGGACAGCCCAUCCAGGGAAUCAACCCGUGUACCUCACUUAGUGACCGGCAUCCAGGCUGGGCUUCUCGGGUGCUGGGCGGCGGGGGGGGGUGGGGGGGGGUGGGCUGUGGCCUGGGGCCUCAGCCCUGGCUGGACGCGGGCGUCCCGAGGCCAUGUGGCUGGCCACGCAGGCCCCAGUCCUGGGCAGCCCGAGACCUGUCUCUGCCUCCUCCAGAGGCGCUUGGCCCAGAGCCGGUGCAUAAAGGACUUUGGCACUUUC